UAUUAUUUUUUUUUUUUGUUAAAUGUUACACGCCGGAUCGUAUUAUUAUUAUUGUUAUUAUUAUAUUAGUCAAAUUGUCUUGCCGUUUUCGAACGGCGUCCGCAACGAUUCGUAAACACACGGGAAGACGCCGGCAGUGGCCCGUGCAUGUAUAUAGUCGCCAGACUUGUGCAGAAUUUUUGCCAUCCCGAUGACUAUUGCGACUCGUGGACAAACCGUCGGAUUAGAUUCGGCCGAUAAUCAAACAAAUGUUCAAAAUGUUUCACAGCCGCACACACAAAUUCACAAUGUGCUGUCCAACAUUAAUGUUCUGCCACCCCAGGCGGUUGAGACGCAUCAAAUACCAGAACAAGCACCCAACGAGGUAGACGAUAAUAACAAAAGUGAUGUAGAAAAUAAAGAUGAAGUCAACGAAGAGGAGGAAGAUGAAGAAGAAGAAGAAGAAGAAGAUCUUGUGUUCCCAGUUAUGAAACUAGUCAACCUAGAAGAGAAAAUCCACAGUCAACGGUGGAUUGUGCCCGUGUUGCCGGAACAAGAAUUAUUAACGUUAUUGAAUGUAUCGAUAGAAUUUAGUAAAAGAGGAUUGGACAUCAAUCAUGAGGGAUGUCAAAAGUUUUUUCGCGAUGCUAUGGUAUUAUCGUUUACUCGGAUAUUGACCGAUGACGCAGUGAAUAGUUGGAAAGUAAACAUUCAACAGUGCAUUAUGAACAACUGCAUGAAACUAGUAGAACUUUUGGUGCUCAAACUUGACGACGAUAACUUUCCAUACAUUGAUAUGCUCGGAAUGUUGUUUAAUCCUUUAAAUAAAUUCCAUUUGUUCAACUGUGGUAGACAUUCUGAUUACGCACCAACAGAAAUUUUCUCAGACGACUUUGAAUUAUUUGCUAGACCACCACCAGAUUCCAGAGCUCCUAGAGGCUGGCUUGUGGAUCUAUUAAAUAAGUUUGGAAUUUUAGGUGGCUUUCAGAAGUUGACAAAACGAUUUGAAUCCAACGAAACGCUUACUAUUCCAAUUAUUUCUGGACUUAUACGACCAUUUGGAUGUUGUUCAGAACUUUUGACUGAACCCACAAUGAUCAAUUACUUAAUGCCCAUCGUGGAAAAAAUACCUAGCGUUCUGGACGUGUUAACUGAUGAUGAGCUUAAAAAAGAAACAAAAAAUGAAGGGAAAAACGAUGCCAUUUCUUCCAUUAUCAAAGCUUGUAAACAGCUAGCUGUCAAAGUACCAAAGCAGGACGAUUUGAUUAAACAUUUAGAAAUAUUUAGGCUAAAAAUGAUAUUACGUUUAUUGCAAAUUUCAUCGUUUAACGGUAAAAUGAAUGCGUUAAACGAAGUGAACAAAGUAAUUACCAACGUUACUUAUACGCCUCAUCGGCACAUUGAUCACGAUGAAGAAUAUUUAACUCCAGAAAGGAUGGCCAGAUGGAUUAAAGAAAAUAAUGUGCUUGAAAUAGUUUUGCGAGAUUCCCUUCAUCAACCACAAUAUGUCGAAAAAUUAGAAAAAAUUAUACGAUUUGUAAUAAAAGAACAAGCGUUGUCAUUAAAUGACUUGGACGCUUUGUGGGCCGCCCAAUCUGGUAAACACGAUGCCAUCGUAAAAAACGUUCAUGACCUAUUGGCAAAACUUGCUUGGGAUUUCUCGCCUGAACAGCUCGAUCAUUUAUUCGAAUGUUUUCAUGCAAAUUGGACUAAUGCUAACAAGAAACAGAGAGAGAAAUUGUUAGAACUAAUUAGACGAUUGGCGGAAGACGAUAAGGAUGGUGUAAUGGCUCAUAAAGUUUUGAUGCUGUUUUGGAACUUGGCUCAUGGAGAAGAUGUAUCGACAGAAAUCAUUGACCAAGCCUUAUCUGCCCAUGUCAAGAUAUUAGAUUAUAGCUGCUCUCAAGACCGAGAUGCACAAAAAACGGCAUGGCUCGACAAGUGUGUCGAUGAACUCAAGAGUAACAGCUCGUGGGUACUUCCAGUGUUGAAACAUAUGAGAGACAUAUGUAUGCUCUACGAUUCAACGCCAGUCGGAGGCCAUCAAGCUCACACUCAUACAUUAUAUCGGCAAGAAAUAAUCACAAGACUUCAGACUCAACACACUAUUGUUUCUUUAGUCACAGAUAACCUGUCCAAAUAUAUGGAUGAUGUUAGACAAUAUGCACUAGAAAACCCAAAUUUGGAUCCAGCUAAAUAUUACCCCGACGGUCGUUAUUGUCACUUGCAACAAGUUCAAGAAAGGCUAUACUUCUUAAAGUUCUGUUUAAAGGAUGGAAACCUUUGGUUGUGUGCCGAACAAGCACAUUUGGUUUGGUUAUCGUUGGCCGAAAAAGCAGUGUUUCUUGCAGAUCGCGAAGCAUGCUUCCGUUGGUUUUCCAAGUUGAUGGGUGAAGAGCCGGAUAUCGACCCUUCGAUAAACACUAAAUUUUUUGUUAAUAAUCUGUUGCAACUCGAUCCAACAUUGUUAACAGAAAAUGGCAUAAAGUGUUUUGAACGAUUUUUUAAGGCCGUCAACGUGAAAGAAGGAAAGUUGCUCAAAAAGAAACGUAGCUAUCAGAUGGAAAACAUAGAUUUGAUUGGAGUGGAUUAUUUAUGGAAGGUAGUAACAAAUUGUAGUGAAGAAAUUGCAGCCCAUGCGAUUGAUUUGCUAAAAGAAGUUAAUACCAAUCUGGCUCCUCGACUCCAAGCAAACCCAUUAGAGUUUCAUCAAACGUUUGUGGCUGAAUGUUUAGAAAGACUUCGGGCACAUUUUGACACCGUCAGCAUACUUUCUAAAGCAUCGAUGACCAAAGAUGAUAUAAUUGAACGGAACAUCGAAGCUACAAAAAUGAUCAGGGUCAUGAAAGUGUUAUAUGAGUAUUUAGGUGAAUGUGACGCUUCUUUUAACGGAGAUCGAAACUUAUUACCUCUCCAUCGAGCUAGUCGUGGAAAACACAUCACUGUGGUUGUGCGUUUGACAAAUGCCAAUCGAUCACUGGUGGACGACCAUGAAAUCGGUAUGCAUAGCAAUGAUAAUGUAUCGUGUGUAAGACGGCAGUUAUUAAAAAGAUUAAGGAAUAGCGGAACAAUCACGACAAUAACAGGUGCAUUGAAUAUCAAGCUGGACAUAUUCCCGGGGAGUAGUGUUGAUCUAACUACUACGUUGGAUGACAACAAACUCCUUGGAGAGUUACCGUUCCGCGAUAAAUUGUAUCUCAACGCAAGACUUAUAACUGCCAACACAAAUUUAGCUAGUUCGCCAGAUAGCAGUUCUGAUAGUUCAAUUACAAAUACGCAACCUCUAUACGACUACGGUUUAAGUUCGGAUGCAGAAAAUUGUUUACCCACUGUGAUAAUUUCUGAAAAUCCCAAAUAUGUCAGUUUUUUUAUUCAAGUGUCUGACAAGGGUAUUGAAAUUGAAAACCACCAGCUUAGAGAAGCGGCCAGGUGUAUUUUAAAAUUAAUUCCGCCUGCCGAAUCUACUGUGAACAAAAUUAAGAAAUUUUUCUCAAAUCAACCAGAAUCAAUAGAUGGAAAUUCAAAUUCAAGUAUACCUGAUGACAGUAGUAUAUAUUUCACUAAUUCUUCGUCUCAAAAUCUCUAUAACUUAGAAGUUCUAUAUUCAAUGCUUUUACCGGCUAUCGAUCCGAUAUCUGAUAAAACUUUAGAAUUUCAAACUAAUUUCAUAAACAGCAAUCACGCGCCUGAAAUAAUUCAAAUGUUGACGUCAAAGAAAUCGAUUGUAGCCAACAAUCAGUCCACCAAAAGGUCUAUUUAUUUAGUAAUUUUAAAGAUAUGCAGAUUAAUUUUGUGCGUUAUGGGACAAGUAAUAACACAGCUGUGUCAAUCGCCUGGGUUAGUCAUAGGUGUGUCUUCAGGCACCGAUAGAAAUCUUCAUAAGGGUAUAGAAGUUCUCGAUCAGUGUGACGAUACAUUAGCUCUGAUGAAGGAAGCGUUUAGUCUCGUGCCCAAUCCUAACGUCGAGUACAUGCUACGCAGUAUUACGUCGAAAUUGGCACGUAAAAAUAUUGACAAAAUAGCCAAUGGCUGUGAAACUCUGGACGCUUUGCAGUUGGCCAUAAACAAAUCAUUGUCGAAGUUUAUGCCUACGAUGGAAAUGAUCUGGAACACGAUACAGCUCGCUUGGGCGAUGGCUGGAGCCAACCUGCAUUUGAUCGACGACAAGUUACAAAAUGCCGAUUUACACGACCAUUUGAACGAUAAAUCUUUGGAGAUGGAAGAUAUGUUAGUAUGUAAAGAAGCGUUAGAAGUGCUGACUUUAUGUCUGUUCUUAAAACCAAAUUAUCUCAAUCAGUUGGUGGACAAAAAAGACUGGCAAACAUUCUUAAUCGAUUUAAUUCUUAUAGCUAACCAUAGGCAAGUUCGCUGUUCUGCAGCUGAACAAUUUUUAUUAAUAGUGAAGUUCAGCUGGAACACUGGACCGCUGUUAUCGACUGUUUCUUUGAUGUUCUCUGUCCUUAAUGACACAGUACUGAAAUUUGCUCAAAACUCGUAUGAGUACUUUCACGUUCUAACGUAUUUACUAAACUAUGCUAGUCAUGAAAGAAUUGCAGUGCCAGAUUUCGAAGAAUUACUAAGUAAUGAAAUCAAGUGGUUGAACGACGUUAGAGAGAAAAUAAAAACUGACGGCGAGACCGGAAUGGAAGAAGUGAUUCUUGAAGGCCACUUAAACAUUACUAAAGAACUAGUCCAAAUGAUUCCCAUAAAAAAGCGUGAAGACAUAGGUUCCAAUAACACUCUCGGUAUUAUGUUGAUAAAAAAAUUGCUCGAAGAUUUCAUUUUUCCGGCAUCUAAACUAAUGGAAGACAUGACCAAACAGCAAACCAUUGAAUUCGCCGAUAUCGAAGUGACCCCUGUGUGUAAAUCUCCAAACUCUACCAACGCGGCAUUCGAUCUUAUCGUAUCCCUUUGUGUGGGUUGUGUGGCAAAUUUAAAAUUGACUGUCGAAACAUUGACUCAGUACUUUUAUUCAGAACGUGAAGAACCCUUGAUCGAAUGGGACUAUUUGCCGAUGAUGGGUGCUAGAACUGCUCGUGGUUUUGUCGGAUUAAAAAACGCAGGCGCAACUUGUUAUAUGAAUUCAGUAUUACAACAAUUGUACAUGGUGCACCCGAUACGAUUGGGUAUUCUCUUGGCUCAUGGUGCUGCUAUUGAUUCCAACGAAGACUUUAACGCCGAAGAUAAAAACGAUAAUGAGACUCAAAUGGAUGUAACCGAAGAUCGUAAUAAAUUCGAGCAGUCCCGCAAAGAAUACAAUGUCGGCAUAUUAAAACAAGUGCAAGCCAUAUUCGGACAUUUGGCGUUCAGCAAAGUUCAGUAUUACAUUCCUAGAGGACUUUGGAAACAUUUUAAGCUACAAGGCGAACCGGUGAAUCUACGGGAACAACAAGAUGCCGUGGAGUUCUUCAUGAGCCUUAUAGAAAGUUUAGAUGAAGCUUUGAAAGCUUUAUCCCAGGAUCAAAUUAUGAGCAAAACACUAGGAGGUUCCUAUUCAGACCAGAAAAUAUGUCAGGGUUGCCCACAUAGAUAUUCUAAAGAAGAACCAUUUAGUGUUAUCAGUGUCGACAUAAGGAACCACUCGAAUUUAACAGAUUCACUCGAACAGUAUGUUAAAGGUGAGCUUUUAGAAGGAGCUGAUGCCUAUCACUGUGAUAAAUGUAAUAAAAAGGUCGUUACUGUAAAGAGGUUAUGUGUAAAAAAGUUACCACCCAUUUUAGCUAUUCAACUUAAAAGGUUCGAAUACGAUUUCGAAAGAGUAUGUGCCAUAAAGUUCAAUGAUUAUUUUGAGUUUCCUCGUCAUUUAGAUAUGGAACCUUAUACAGUUUCCGGAUUAGCCAAAAUUGAAGGUGAAAUAAUCGACUGCGAUUAUAACGAGUCACAAAAUGAAAGUCAUACUACCAAGUAUCAACUAACCGGUAUAGUUGUACACAGUGGUCAAGCUAGUGGCGGCCAUUACUACUCCUACAUUCAAGACCGAAGUUUAGAAGGUUCGUCUAAAUGGUACAAGUUUGACGAUGGAGACGUAACGGAAUGCAAAAUGGAUGAAGAUGAAGAAAUGAAAACACAAUGUUUCGGCGGCGACUAUAUGGGCGAAGUAUUUGAUCAUGCUCUAAAAAGAACGAGUUACAGACGACAAAAGCGAUGGUGGAAUGCAUACAUGUUGUUUUACACGAAAGUAGACUCUGGCAAAGAUUCGCUAGUCAAUGGUUUAAAAACACUCAGCAUGGGUGAUCGUCGUACUAGUAAUAACACUAUAAAAAUGCCUAUGAGUAUAAAACGAAGUGUUCAGCAACAGAAUAUACGAUUUUUGCACACACGUAGUCAGUAUACUGAAGAGUAUUUUAAAUUUAUACGGAACAUUGCUACAGUCAAUGCUUCAACUCAAACUCCUAACGAUCAACAAUCUCAAAUAGUUGACAACCAAGAGGAAUUAUCGCUGUUGACUGUACAGUUGGCUAGCAAAUUUCUAUUUUACGUUGGCUUACAUACCAAAAAAUCGUUGAGAGGAAACGCUUUAGAAUGGUAUGAUCUAAUAGCGCCGUACAUUCGUACAUAUGCAUCGGUCCGAGCUUGGUUUGCUCGAAACAUACUCUUCAAUCACCCUCAAAGAUUUGCUGAGUAUUUACUACAUUGUAUGAGCUCAGAAGUGCGGUCAUUCUUCAUUAAACUAAUUGCAUACUUGGCUCAUUUUUCUCUUCAAGACGAUCCUAUUUUAAUACCGGCCAACACAUCCAAUUCUCUCUUGGACACUACUGCAUCGCUUAGCGAUCACUUGAUCAUCUGUGUAUUGAGCUUAUUACAAAAAGAAGUGGGCGAACACACCAACAGACAUUUGCCACAUUAUUUCUCGUUCUUUUACAUGUAUUGCAGUUUGGGAAUGUCUGAAAAACAACAGCUUAUCAGACUCAACGUGCCCGCUAUAUUCAUACUCGUAGCUAUCGACGAAGGCCCCGGCGGAUCAAACAUAAAAUACCAGUUCAACGAACUCAACAAACUUCAUUCGGUAAUAUCGGUACUAGUCAGGUGUUGUGAUUGUUCAGAAAAAUGUUUAUCGUCCACUUCGAAUACCCCCGUACUACCGAAUCAAUAUGCUGAGUGCCAACCCUACCUAAGAAAAGUUCCUCAGCAAGUUAAAGAUUGUAUUUUUGGCCGCAUAUGUUAUUUAAAAAAACUCAUUGACAACUCGCAAAUGAAUGAUGAGAGCAUGAAACUGUUACAAUUUGUCUGCUGGGAAAACCCGCAGAGCAGCAGUAUGGUGUUAACGGAAAUUUUAUGGCACAUAAUGUACACGUAUUGUCAAGAAUUGAAAUUCUAUUUAGAUUUGUUAUUUGUGAUAUUGAGUAUUGAAGACUCGUGGCAGAUGUUGCGCAUUCAGAAUGCUAUGACAGGAAAUGAAGAAAGAGAAGGAGUAUUGGACACCAUAUUACGCCAUAAAAAUCAAUAUCAAAGACGGUCCUAUCAGUGUAUUAAAGCGUUGGUGGGAUUGUUUAUGAGGAUUCCGGUGGCACACAAAGUCGUGAUCCAACAUCCUGAACUCAAACGCAAAUGGAUGGAAGCCGUAGAUUGGUUACAAGAAGAACUCAACAGAAAAACAUUGACUGGAGGCCAAUACAACACUUAUAAUAGUUGGACGCCACAAUCUAAUGAAAACACAAACAGCUUCUUUUUAGAAAGGUCUACUAGUGCUCGAAAAGUACUACAAAAAGCUUUUGAAUUUUGCCCAGCUGAUGAUUUCAUGGCUCCGACAUUGACCACACAAGAAAUUGAAGGUUCCUCAGAUGAAGGUGACGAAGUAGAAAUACCUAAUGCUACAGACAAUCCUUUGGCCAUAUCGACUUUAGUAACCGAACCUUUACAAGUCGUACCAGAUAUAGUGCCACCAAACGAUGACGAUUAUGAUGCUUCUGUACCGAUCGAUUUGAAAGAUAUUAACAUUAACGAUGAGGAAUUUGAAGACGGAGAAAAUAGUGUAGAAGUAAUUACAUCAACCGAGAUGCAUUGAACGUGUGUUGAAAAUUUGGUUUACAGUUAACAUGCAAUUGAAAUUUUUUAAUCGUUACGAAUGGAAGUUAUUUUAUAUGUCUUAUUAUGUAUUUAGAAUGUCGUUUGUUAAAAUUCACUAACGAUCAUAUAUAAUUAGCACAACAAAAAAAAAAACGAUCAAUAAAAAAAUCAUAUUUAGUAUGCGACAAUUUAAAGUUGUUAACAUCAGAGUCUGUGUGUAAUUUUAGGCUGUUAACAUUGGCUGACCUAAAACAAAUAAUUACAAGGUUUACCUAAAAAGUUUUAAUAUAAUAAUAAUAAGUGAAUUGAUUCGAUAUUAUUUGUUUAAAUACAGAAGUUUAUCGUUGACAGAUUAAAUUUUUUUUUUUUUAUUUUAUGCUUCAUAUUAUGUUGAAAACAAAAAUUAUUUAUUUUUGAUUUUUUUGUUUUACGAUGUAAAAUAUUUGUUCUUGUACAGAUUUGAGAAACCCUGCACAUUACGAGUUUUUAUAUAUAUAUACAUGUAUAAUAAUAUGUACUUCUGUGCGGUGGCGUAUUUCGAAAGUGCAUACGCUGUACGCAUCCAGUACCCGAUUUUCGCAUGUAAGCGUGUACUCGUGUACUCUAACCACGAGUGAUGAGUACACACUCGCAUUGGAAAAUCGGGACGUUAGCCGUACGCACAGCGUAUGCCCUUGUGACCACGCCGCUGCUUCUGCGCAAGCAACCCAUCCUACACUCUUUAUCCUGUCUUUAUUAUUAUUUUUUUUUUUUUUUUUUUGUAUAAUGUACAUUUAUAUUACUUUUUUUUUACAUUAUUACCUAUUAUUAUUUUAUUAUUAUUAUAUUAUAAUUAUUAUUAUUAUUAUUACUAUAUUUAUUAAAAGUUGUCAAAUAUUAUUAUUCAGCUUUCAAAGUAUAAAUGAUACGAAAAUGUAUAUUUUAUUAAAUAGUCUGCAACUAAAUAUGAAUACAGCACACACACACACACACUCCUUUAUGCGAGUUUAUAUAUAUAUUUAUAUAUGUUGUCUAUUUAUGUAUAGAUACACAUUACGGUUGUUAUGACAAAUUGACAAAUAUUUUUUUUUUUUAUAAUUUCAUUAACACAGAUAAUAUUUGUUAUUUAUAUAAAAAAGAAAAAAACUAAUAUUCCUUCAUUAUACAUAGUUGUAUGAAUGGAAAAGUGAUAUCAUUUUUUUUUUUAUUAUGAAUUUCUUUUGUGGAUUGAUCGCAUCAACGUAAUGUGCGUUUUGUAUGUGUCUACUUUCAUGUAAAAAUGUACACAUAUGUUCUACGAGUAAGGAAUGAAAAAUGCAGUCUAAUCAAAUAAUAUUCGAAUGUUGCAUUUUUUAUUUUAUUUUGUGAUAUAUUUUUAAUUAAAAAAAAAAAUGUAAAAACCAAAACUACGGUAUCCAAGGCUGCAAUUUAGUAUUUUGUACAUUGUUAAAUUCUCAUAUAGAAAAAAUGUGUAUAAAGGA